AUGGAUAAGUCUUAAAAAUAGAGAUAGGCUCCCCUCAAACAGACAUAAAAUGCAAACAACCAAAGAGAGUUAAGGGCUUUAAUAAAAAGAAACAAGCUAUAAAAGAUUUACAAAUUCCACACAGCAGUCAGAAACUCCAGGUACAUUAAGUCAGAAUUUAUUGAAUUUUAGGCAGAAAUAGAAGCAAUAUCAAUGAAUCUAGGUCAAAACUCCAAGAUAACAGUAAUUUCAUACUUCCUAAAAAUAUUAGGCAGAAGAGAAUCAUUUAGUGUUACAAGAAACUCUGCUCUAGGCAGAAAUGUUAGGAGUGCUUCUCAAGAUAUAUUCCACAGACCUAACUCAACUAGUACUUUUUGGCAAUCAAUGGUAAGCAUGCAGAGAGUCAAUAAAUGGGAUGGUAACUACUCACCUAACGAGAGAGCAAGAGACAGAUCAGCUCCAGUAGGACUAGCUGCAAUCGGUCAGCCAGGCAGCGGAGGAUUUGGCAAGUCUGCUCCUGCUUUUGGAGGCAAUAGAUCUACAACAAGGUCAGUAAGCAAAGGUGCUGGAAAUAAUGAUAAUGAUUACGGUAUCUGGGGUAAGAAGAGCACCCAGGAGUAUUAUUAAAACAGAGACACUUCACCUGCCUUUGGCGCAUAGAGAGUGAGAGCAAUUAAGGAAGAUUUGGAAACAACUAGCAACCACAGCGAUAUGUCAGCCUCAAGAGGAGAUAAUUUCAAGUCUAGAUAAGCCUUAACAUAAAAAAGCCAGGCUAGAUUCACCUAUUCAUAGAUUCAAAUGGGCAUUGAUGAAAGCAAUGUGACCAACUAGUUCUCUCCUGAUAUUGUUUAAAAGAAAUAUAAUGAUUCUAAAAAUCAACUACUUGUAGACAAGAGCAAGUAAAACAAGGUGCUCUAAGGUGAUGCUCAGAAAAAUACGAUUAAAUAAAAAGCUGACGUUAAUAGUAAAAUUAAUGGAAAAGUCAACGCGAGAUUAAGAUACUUCACUUCCCAAAUCUCAAACAUUCCAGGACCAAAUGAUGUAGGCACAAGCACUAUGGCUGAGGAUCUAGGAAAGGACAGAAGGGACAAUAUGGUGAUGUCUGAUCCCAAAUUCCGUCUAAGAAACGAGUAUUACUUGAGCAGCUAUUAUUAGAACAUGAAUAAUAAUAAAUACAAGAGUGAUUUCUAGCCAGGAAAGGAGUAUGAGAGCUACAAAAAAGAUGUGAAUGACAAGCUAGAACACAGAAAGACCACUCCAUUUGCAGCCUCGUAGAGACAGAAGUUCUAUCAUGGCAAGACUCAAAUUUACUGA